AUGUAUUUAAUCCCUUGCUUGUUAAACGAUGAUGAGGCUAUGGAGCUCUUUUGCAAGCAUGCACCAUGUGGUCACAAACAUAAAAAAGAUUAUGAGCUGCUUUCAAAAAGUGUGGUUUCUUAUGCUGGUGGACUCCCAUUAGCACUUACAGUUCUUGGUUGUUUUCUAUGUGGAAAAGACAUUAAUGAGUGGAGGAGUGCAAUAGCCAGAUUGAAAGAGAUCCCAGAUACAAAUAUUGUGGAAAAGCUACAGAUCAGCUUUGAUGGACUUACACCGGUUGAGAAAGAGUUGUUUCUUGAUAUUGCAUGCUUCUUCAGAGGCAUAAAGGUGUUGUUAGAAAAGGCGCUCAUAACAAUUUCAGAUGGAAGGUUUGAUAUACAUGAUCUGUUGCAAGAAAUGGGACGCUACAUUGUUAGAGGGGAACACCCUGAGAAUCCAGAAAAACAUAGUAGAGUUUGGAAGAAGGAAGAUGUUCUAAAAAUUUGUGCUAUGGAUGCGACGAAGGAACUUGACAUGGUUAAAGCAGUAAGAUUUGAAUGCAAUAGCUAUGAUCUAGUAGAACUUCCUUCGGUUGCAAACCUGAAAAACCUCCGGUGGAUUGAUUGGAGAGGUGAUCUUGCAAGUCCAUUUCCUACUAACUUUCCACCAAAGAACCUUUGUUGUCUGAUAUUGGAUGACAUCUCGCAGAAACGACUUUGGAGGGGUUAUAAGCAUCUUCCAAAUCUGAAGAUCUUGGAACUUGUUAGAUUGAAUAACCUAAUCAUGACACCAGAUUUUGAUAGAAUUCCAAAUCUUGAAAGACUCAUUCUUCGUGGAUGCCAGCGUUUAAAAAAGAUUCAUCCAUCGAUUGGAAACUUGGAAAGGCUCAUUUUCCUAUCUGUAGAGUUUUGUUCUGGUCUUAAGAUAUUUCCACCGAUUAAGCGACUAAAGAAACUCGAGACCCUUUCAUUAUCAGAUUGCCCCAAACUUUUUAAGCUCUUGGGGAUCCAACAGAAAAUGAAUGGUCUACUGCAUCUUCAUUCAAAUAUUAGUGGGAAAGAAGUUGCAUCCUACAAAAAGUAUUCUUCAAACUUUGUCGUUACUUGUUGGACGUGUGGUGACACAAAAAUUAGAAACCCAGCAGAGGACCUGAUUGAUGUAGAAGAAUGUUGUUUAGAGGAGCCUUAUUUACCUCGCAACAACAAUACAGUGUUACGGUUUUUUCCCAGAGGCUUAAGAAAGUUAAAUCUCCGGUACUGCAGUCUGGGAGAUAAAGACAUUGACUCUGCUGUUUGGGAGUUUCCCAACUUGGAAGAACUCAAUCUAAAAGGAAAUAAGUUUUCAAGAUUAAAUUUUAGUCGAUGGCGACUUCCUCAGCUCAAAUGGCUGGACGUGUCAUGGUGCCAAUUACUUGUAGAAUUGUGGGAUCUGCCAUCAAGUAUAGCUGUUGUUAUAGCGGAUAAUUGUUGGUCACUUGAAAGCUUUGGAGAUAUUUCAAACUGUAAGUGGUUGUGGAAAGUCUCAUUGUGUGGGUACAACAAACUUGGUCCACUUGUUGGUGACAUAUUACUAGACUCCAUGCUCCAGGGAAAUGCUCUUGAAGAUCACUUUAUCAGUGUCAAUCUUGGAUAUCAGAUGAUUCCAAGGGGGUAUUUUAGUAGGCUGUUUAAGGGAACAAAAUUUACAUUGCGUCUUCCAUAUGAUUGGUACAAUGACUUUUCUGGGCUCUUAAUAUGCAUUGUUACCAAAGCAAGACAUCCGCGAAUAAAUAUAAUCAUCAGGCAGGAGGUGGAUGAAGAUAUUCUCUCCGUGCUUUGGCAAGAGUCUAGUGAAGCACCAGCAGAUCCUAAAUAUGAUGGAAGUGGGUCAAUCAUAGGAUAUGUUUCCUUUAGUUCACUGAGGCACACAACAUUAUUGAAUUCUUCAUACAAUAUGAUAUCAUUUUCCAUAGACGGAGGGCAUCUGAGUGGUUUAGCAGCUAACAGUUAUGUUGGAGGUGAGCUUGUUCCUUGGGGAAGUAAAGGUGAUGAGGUGAAAACAACAGAUUGCUCGGAAUUAUUUUGGGACAAGGAAAAUGAAGAUGGUUCAAACACAUUUACAAUCCGACCACAUGAUUCAAAGUCUUCGAUUGAGAUCUUAUGGCGGCCUUACUACACACAGAAAGUGGUUGUCAAAGUGAAUGUACACGAUGAUAAAGGAAAGCGGAAGGUUUUGAAGGCAGUUUCCACCCUUUCAGGGGUCGAGUCCAUAGCUUUCAGCAUGAAAGAGAAGACACUGACUGUCACUGGGGACGUUGAUCCAGUUUUUAUCGUCGGAAAACUGAAAAAGUAUUGCCACACAGAGAUAGUGACCACUGAAAAAGGUUGGUAGAAGCUUUCAGCAGGACCUUCAAUCCUGAAAUCGUACAAGAGUAUCACAAUGAUUGUGUUAUAUCUAAGCUCUUAGACUUGAGGGAGUGAUGUCAGCAAUACCCACUACAAAAAAUAUGUCAAUUAGUGACCAAAACGAAAUGGUCACUAACAAUAGAAUGAGUCGUCACUAAAUGAUUUAGUGACCAAAAUUUCGGUCGUCACUUUUCGUCACUAUAGGUCCGUCACAAAACCGAUUUAGUGACCAGAUAUAAAUGUGGUCACUAAACAGUGACUAAAAUAUAGUCGUCACUAAAUCUGUGACGACCCGCUUCGUCACUAAAUGUUGUCACUAAUCAAUGAAAGUCGUCACUAUUUUAUCUACUUAGUGUCCAAUAAAAGUCGUCACUGUUUUAUC